AUGGCGGGCUCCCCCGGGCCUCGCUGCCCUGACAAACGCCCUCGGUGCUCUCCGCCGCUUUCGCGCUUUUUACCUCAAGCGCGCUCCAUCGCCCCUUCGCUAUCUGCAUCGUCUGGCAGUGUCGUUUACAUCCCUCACAACUGUCAUCUUGGUGGUCUACUCGCCUCGUUCUCAGUACGGGCAGCGUCUUCGUCUCGUUCCCGUUAA